UGUGUGAGCGCUGAAUGCGUUUCUAUGCGAGUGUGUGUGUGUGUGUGUGUGUGUGUGUGUGUGUGUGUGAUCGCUGGGUGGAGCAGCAGUGUACGGCAGGUCUCGUCUCGUCUCUCAUUGCGGCGGCUGGAGAUCAUCGAGCGGCGGCGGAAUGUCGCUCCGCUGUCCGUGUGCGUGAAGAGCAGGUGGAGGAAGAAGAGGAGGAGGAGGAAGAUGAUGGAGGAAUCCGACAGCAUCCCCUGCUCCGCGGAGGACGGACUCCUGUCGAGCUGGAGAUGGAACAGAACCGCCAGGGACCAGGUCCAGAUCAAGCAGAAGAUCCGAGAUCUGCCCGGAUUGUUAAAGCACGGACUGAACCUGCGCAAAAAGAGCCAGUCACCUGACACCAUCCCAGGACCCAGCACAGGUGUCACACCCAAACCCAAGACGUGUUCUCAGAGUUUUCCCUGUGCUGGACGUGCGCUGAGAAACGCCUUUCUGUCUCAUGGACCGUAUCCAGCUAAAGACAAGAUCCACCUGGCCAGGAUCAUCAGGAGGAGUUAUGUGGGUGUGGAGCUGGUCCAGUGGCUGCUGGAGCAGUGUGUGUCGGUUCAGUGCAGGUUAAUGGCGUCUCGUGUCUGGCAGGUUCUGCUGGAGCUGGGGAUCCUGCACUCAGUCGACCAGCGGCUGGUGUUUGAAGACUCCAACACAUAUUACCAGUUCUCGUUCGAGGAGUGCGACGCUCAGGGCUGUGAAUUUCGCAGCGAGGAGGAAUGGCAGAACGGCGUCCGUCUUCUGCUUCAGCUCGUCCCUUACGUCCAGUUCAGGGUCGUCAGCCCGUGAGUACUGUGCAGACAUGCAUCUCAUGUGUGUUCCUGUGGCUCGGUGGUAGAGCGUUGUGUUAGCAGUGCAGAAGGUCAUGGGUUCAA